AUGAACGUUCGAACCGGGUCGCACCAGCUAAGCAAUGGACUCUACGUUUCGGGUCGACCCGAACACCUGCUUAAGGAGCGCCAGCCGACGGUGGUUUCACGCGCCGUUCCCUACACAGGCGGUGACGUAAAGAAAUCCGGCGAGCUAGGAAAAAUGUACGGAAUAGAUUUAUCGCGUGGCGACCACCCGCCGGCUCCGCCUAAAGUUCCUUCCCGGCAUUCUUCAUCUUCUCAACACAAUAGUGGAUCUGUCAGAUCCGGCCCAAACUCUGGUCCAGUUAACAAGAAGUCUUCUUCCUCCUCGUUCUCAGGGCCCAUUACGCCGAUUCAGCCCACGGGCCUCAUUACCUCCGGCCCAUUGGGCUCCACCAGCUCCAACCGCCGAUCGGGAAUGCUGGACAGUCCGUCUGCCGCUCAUAGUUCGUUUAAGAAAGCUCUGUACGGCUCGGCAGUAACGAGCUUGGGGGAGGAGGUGAAAUUGGGCUUCAAGAUUUCGAGGGUGGCAAUGUGGGUGUUCUUGGUGGUUGUAGUUAUGGGCUUGGUGGUGGGUGCGUUCCUUAUGGCAGCGGUGAAGAAGCCGGUGACUUUGGUUGCAGUGGUGGCAGUUUUAGUCCCUGCCGUGGCGGUUUUAAUAUGGAAUUAUGCUUACAAAAAGCGGGGGAUUCUAAGUUUUCUGAAGAAAUACCCGAAUGCUGAGCUGCGAGGAGCCGCUGAUGGGCAGUACGUCAAGGUCACCGGGCUUGUCACUUGUGGAAGCAUUCCUCUUGAAUCUUCUUUCCAGAGGAUACCAAGAUGUGUAUUUUUUUCCACGGAAUUGUAUGAAUACAGGGGAUGCGGUGGAAAAUCAGCAAAACCCAGACACCCUUUCUUCUCUUGGGGGUGCAGACAUUCAGAGAAGUAUGUGGCGGAUUUCUAUAUAUCAGACUCUGAGUCUGGUUUGAGAGCUCUAGUGAAAACAGGCUAUGGAGCUAAGGUUGCUCCAUUUGUUAAGCCAACUACAGUUGUCAAUGUAUCAAAGGAUAACAAAGAGCUAUCUCCAAACUUUCUACGCUGGCUUGCUGACCGAAGUCUAUCAAGUGAUGGCCGUACAAUGCGCUUGAAAGAAAGCUAUAUCAAAGAAGGAAGUAUAGUUAGUGUAAUGGGGGUCGUCCAGCGUCAUGAUAAUGUACUCAUGAUUGUUCCACCUACUGAACCUGUUUCAACAGGCUGUCAUUUGCCCUGUUGCCUUCUCCCAACAUACACAGAAGGCCUUAUUUUGACAUGUGAUGAAAGUCAGAAUAGCAGUGACGUGAUUCCUGUAUAG